AUGAAUAACAUUCUACUAAUUGCCAUAUUAGCUACUAAUGUUUAUGGAUUACUUGCCGAUGCUGACACAGAUUAUAAUCACAUAAAUGCAGAUGGAUCGUAUGCAUUUGGAUUGUCGAAUAGUGACGAAGGCUCGCAUUACCAUACAGCAGCGGGAAAUCCAUCGACUGCGAUUUCGGGACGUUAUGGUUCGAGAAACCCUGAGAAUGGGCAGAUAGAAGAGACUGUCUAUACAGCAGGACCGAGAGGUUUUCGCGCACGUGGUCCCAAUGUUCAUCGACAUCAAGAUCUAUCACAAGUUGGACCUCUUCCAACAGGAUCUCAAGAUGAUCCUCUCGCAGAUCCCUAUGAUGAUCCAAGUUACAGUUAUGAUUACAAAACUCCUACAGUUCAAAAGUCUGAAGGUUCAGACAGCACGGGUCAUGUCAAGGGUCAAUACAGUUACACAGACGACAUUGGAGAAACUCAUUCAGUUCAGUAUCAUGCCGGAAAAGAAACUGGCUUUGAGGUUACCAAUUCAGUACCUGAUUCGCCAGCUAAUGUUGGCUUCUCUUAUCCUUUGUAUAAAACUGAUAAAAAUGCACGUGGCAAGAUCGCCUUUGAACGAGGACCUAAUGGACAAUACAAAUUCAUAUCAGCUGGUCCGGAUCAACGUCGAACUGAAACAACUGGAAGUGAUGGGAUCACUCGAGGAUCUUAUUCGUACCUUGAUGAUGAAGGAGUUCAACGAACUGUUGAAUACAUUGCUGGACCAGGGAUUGGUUAUCGCAUCGUUUCAAGUACAGUUGGAACAAAUACGCAUCUUCUUCCGCCAACACCAAUUCCAGCUUUUCCAACUCCUCCAAUUGUUCCUGUGCCAACACCUUUCGUUCCAACUGUGACAGUUUCUACCUCAUCAAUUGCCCAUCCUCCUACCACUCCAACAACCUUCAUCGACUUUUCAAGUCCUGAUUUUCUGCCUCCAACAUCUCUUGGGAACCUCGAUUACAGCGUCAUUGAAGGAUUGAAACCUCCAUCUGCAGCUUUCAAUCCUUAUGACGGCUCGUAUUCGACAGUUCAGCAUUUCCUUCCGCCGCCAUCGACAACAAUUCAUACGCAUGUCACAACGUUCCCUUCGCACUUUGUGCCUUCGUGGAAUGGCAAGUUCAAGGGUCGGGUUAUCAACAUUGAUUUGCCUCAACCAACGAGAGCGCCAUCUCCCGGCGAUGCAUUGCGAAGUGAAACUACUGCUGAUUUGACGAAAUGUGAUCGUGGCAGAAACAACGAGUUCACAUGUACAUUCACGAAGGUAAGUACCGAAGAGAAAGGACAUGAACAUCACAAGAAGGAACAUCAUCAUCAACCGAACCAUCGAGAUCGUCAUAACAUUGAUUUGGAAAAAGAAUUACUUCAAACACAACAACCUCCAAGGUAUAGAAAACGAAAUGCUCGAACUCGUAUAACGGAGAAAAAGACAAAAUAA